AUGGCAACGAAUCGAUUGAUUCGAAGACGCCGCUGUCAAACAUUGCAAUUUGCGACGAAGACAGUGUGAAUGUGAAAUUAUUUUUGAUUGUAAUACUAGUAUAAAACGAGCGUAAAACAUGAAGAAACACCAAACAAGGCAAAAAUCUUUAAACGAUCCGAUUAUAGUGUCGCGGGUGAAAAACUAUCUCGCGGAGAACGUGGACAAAACGUUUGUCGAUGUGAGUCAAAUGGCGCGUUCUCUCAAAGAGCGGUAUCGCGAAUACAACAACAAAAGCGACAACGUUUUCUGUCAGAUGGUGGAGGGCGCGUACAAAGUGGUGUUGCACAGCUACGGGCUCGACGGCCCCUCCACGUCCGAAGGCUCCGAAGAGGAAUCCGACUUGGAGUUGCUAGACGAGAACAACAGUGCGAUGAACGACCGCUUAUUAGCAAUGUACAAAAAACGGCCGACGGCCACCCGCCGCGCGACCGACAAGUCGGGCGAGCCCAUCGACAUACUCAGCAGCGACGAGGACGGCGGCGCAGCGGCCAAGAUCCCGAAAAUCAACGACCAAAUAACCAUCACUCCACACAUACCCAGUCGCAAUGCCAACAGCACGAGCGUGGAGCGCUCGGCGAAACCGCAACAACACCAAAAUACGACCGAGAAAAAACGUAAAGCGGAAUCAAUCAAAAGUGCUAUUUCAAAGAAAAAAAUGGAAUUUGCUGCUGCCAAAAAUGUUAAGGUUAGUUUUGAAGACAUUGGAGGAAUCUCUGAAAUUAUUACACAGAUCUGUGACCUUGUGUUGCACAUGAAACACCCUGAAGUUUACACCCAGCUGGGUAUAAAGUGCCCCAGAGGAGCACUGUUGCACGGCCCACCGGGUACAGGGAAAACUCUGCUAGCCCAUGCAAUAGCUGGCAAACUACAAUUACCAUUAAUAGCAGUGCCAGGAACAGAAUUAGUGGGCGGUAUGUCUGGGGAAUCUGAAGAGCGAAUAAGGGAGCUGUUUGAGAGGGCUGUAUCUAUUGCCCCUUGCAUUCUGUUCAUUGAUGAAAUAGAUGCUGUAUGUGGCAAUCGAAUACAUGCUCAAAAAGAUAUGGAGAAGAGAAUGGUCUCUCAGUUACUGGCCAGCUUAGAUAGUUUAAGUGAAAACAGUGCCUCCGUAUUAGUACUGGCUGCGACAAACAAUCCUGAUGCUCUAGACCCCGCCUUGCGAAGAGCUGGGAGGCUCGAACAAGAAAUCACGUUAGGAAUACCUUCAUUGAAAGCUAGAAAAGAAAUCCUUUCUAUACUCUGUAAAAACUUAGCUCUUUCAGAUGAUGUGGACAUGAACACUCUCGCCCAAAUAACACCUGGUUUCGUGGGUGCUGACUUACAAGCACUUGUAAACAAAGCCAGCACAUAUGCUGUCAAAAGGAUAUUUGCUGAAAUAAGACUACAGAGCAAAGCACUGAGUCCUAGUAAAAGUGAGAAGGAUACAAAAGCCAAUGAUGAAACCAGCGCCCUCCCGAAUGGAGAUAAAGAAAGUGAAGAAAAUGUACCUACAGAGCCAAAUGCAGAUAGUACUGAGGAGAAACCUGCAGAACCAGAGAGCUCGGAGCCUGCCACACAAGAUGCUAAUGAAAAUGGAAUCAUCUCUAACCAUACAGCUAAUUCAGCGGACAAUAAACCGAUGGAUCCAGUUGAUGAAGUUGUGAGUCUUCUGGAAGACACUAUGCCUUACUCAGAAGAAGAGCUGGUAGGUCUUGCAAUCAGGCAAGAUGACUUUGUAAAAGCACUCAAAACAACCAAGCCUUGUGCUGUCAGAGAGGGUAUUGUCACAGUUCCUGAUGUCACAUGGGACGAUGUUGGGUCAUUGAAUCAAGUACGCAAGGAAUUACAGCUAGCUGUGCUAGCUCCUGUUAAAUACCCUGAACAACUGAAAAAGCUUGGCUUGGCUGCACCGAGCGGCGUGUUACUCUGUGGUCCACCAGGAUGUGGCAAAACAUUGCUAGCCAAAGCUGUUGCCAAUGAGGCUGGGGUGAACUUCAUAUCUGUGAAGGGCCCCGAACUACUGAAUAUGUAUGUGGGAGAGAGUGAGCGGGCGGUACGUACUUGCUUUAGACGCGCGCGUAAUUCUGCUCCUUGCGUAAUAUUUUUCGACGAAUUCGACGCGCUGUGUCCGAGACGUAGUUCUCAUGAUAACAAUGGAGCUGCUAGAGUAGUGAACCAGUUGCUGACGGAAAUGGACGGCAUAGAAAGCCGCGAAGGAGUCUUCGUACUGGCUGCUUCUAACCGACCUGAUAUCAUUGACCCAGCUGUAUUACGACCGGGCAGAUUAGACAGGAUAAUGUAUGUGGGUAUGCCAGCAACUGAAGACAGAUUUGAUAUACUACAGAAGAUUACAAAAGGAGGCACGCAACCCCAAUUAGGCCCAGAUGUAGACUUGCAAGUGAUUGCCAACUUAACCGAGGGUUACACUGGUGCGGAUUUGUCUGGCUUAGUAAGAGCAGCUGCAACUAAUGCUUUGACGAGUCAUAUCGCGAAUGGUACACUGGAGGAAGAUAUAUUUGUAACAUUUGAAGAUUUCAGGGCCGCACUUACAAAAUGUAAGCCAUCAGUUUCGGCAAAAGAACAGUUGCACUAUGAAAAGUUAAGACUCAAGUACGCCGGUGGCAACGACGAGAAAGAGAUGGAAAUGGAAAUAGAGCCCACAAAUGAAGAAUCUAUGGACACAGUGAUAUAACUAAGAAAUGUAGUAAUAAGUUAAAGUAUUCCAUUUUUAUCAUAUCCCAUAUAAGUGUGUAAAACGGAUAGUGCCAAUUUGAAUGUCAUAUUGUUUUGAGGCAUUAAAUGAUUUACAAUUCUUGAGUUCAAAAUACUUUUAGUACACAAUCACAAUAAUGUAAAAGUUUCUUUUAUUAAACAUUGUGAUAAUA